AUGGCUGAAGAAUGUGUUGGAAAUACAAUUGCAACCUCUUCUACCCCAUUAAAUUGGUGGUAUCUCCAGGCAAAUUCUCUUCCUUCCUGGAACGAUACUAAUCACGCAUGGAACAACCAAACAAACCCUAAUUCUUCCUCUUCUUGUGAGGAGGAUAUAUCUGUUUCUACAUCUUUCACUAAUGCCUCAAGCCAUUCAAGCCUCACAGUUGAGUCCUCUCGAAGACUCGUUGAGCCACAUGCAACUUCCUCCAAGGUGUUGAUGGGUGAACAUGCUUCUGAUAAUCAACUUUGGAGUCAUGUUCUAUCAGAUGUUGGAUCAAAUGGCGAGUUGCACAAUAGCCAAGAAAUUGGAGAGACCUAUCUGGAUGCACUGUCAUCUAAAAGCUUGACAAGUGCUAUGUUUGAACCAGCCUGUGACUACCUGAAGAAACUUGAUACUAGCUGGGAAUAUAAUGGUUCAACUUCAUUCAAUAGUUUUGAGAAGCAUUUAAAUGGGUUUAGUGAGGCAAUGAUUGAGAAUAAUGAAAGGUUGACUAAGUUGUCUAAUCUUGUAAGCACUUGGUCUAUUGCCCCACCAGACCCUGAAGUUAGUUGCCACUUUGAUCCACAAACAAACAACAUGUCUUUGAGUUCCUCCAUGGAUCAUUACCCACAAUCUGAGCCUUGUCAUUUCAAACAACCUUUCGGAGAUUCCAUAUCAGCCUCUGUUGGCGGAGCAAGUAGAAACUCUCCAGUUUUCACUUGCUAUGAUCAGGGCAUGAAGGUCAAGCAAGAAUAUCAUCAUGCAAGUGAAGUGCCAGGAGCUAUAUUUGGAAAACCAUUUAAUGCAAAUGGAUUUAAUAGCCUUUCAGUUGGAGACAGUGGUAAACUUUACCAUGGGUUUCCCAAUAUUUCUUCAUGCACAAGAAAUUUCUCAGAUGUUAUAUCGUUUAAGAGUAGGUUAGGAAGGCCAGUUAUUGGAAUCCAUGCACAGAAGCCUAGUAUGAAAUACUUAAACUUAUCUGAAUCAAAGAAGCAGGGUCUUCAGACACCAUCACCACCGAUAAGAAGUAAUAAUAAUGGAAGAGGAGAGGGGACAACACGUGAAGUAAAGAAGAAAAGAUCUGAAGAAUCUUCUGAAGCAAACUUGAAGAAGUCUAAGCAAGAUACAUCAACAGCUUCUUCUUCAAAGGUGCAGGCACCUAAAGUCAAGCUAGGGGACAAGAUCACAGCCCUUCAGCAAAUUGUGUCUCCAUUUGGAAAGACAGAUACAGCAUCGGUGCUGUUUGAAGCAAUUGGGUACAUAAAGUUUCUUCAAGAACAAGUCCAGCUACUGAGCAACCCUUACUUGAAGACCAAUUUGCACAAGGAUCCAUGGGGAAGCUUGGAUAAAAAAGAUAAUGAGGACGGAAAGCUAGACCUUAGGAGCAGAGGUCUUUGUUUAGUUCCCACUUCAUGUACCCCUCUAGUUUACAGAGAGAACACUGGACCAGAUUACUGGACACCAGCAUACAGAGGAUGUUUAUAUAGGUGAAA